UUAAAUAUAAUUUUCGUAUUUAGUGAAAAAAAGGGGUUUCAAUAUUCGUUUACCAUUUAUUUUAGGCCUGGGAAUCUGAACCGAACCGAUUUGUCCGAACCGAACCGAACCGAGGUUUGGGCAAAUCGGUUCGGUUAUUGUUAAUUGAUCAUAACCGAUCGGUGGGAUUUUAAAAUUGUUUCGGUUAACCGAGAUUUUCGGUUCGGUUUGGGAGAACCGAACGGUUAACCGAGAAAAUUACAACCUAACCAAACUAUGGUAUCUCUUCUCUUCUCCUUCUUCAAAUCUCCUCUUCUUCUUCGAGCUCUUCUCUUUUUCUUCUUCUCCAACUUUGACUGGAGCAAGAUAAGCAAAGAAAAUAACAAUUAAAGACUUCCCAAAACCAUCAACAGAAGAAUCAAGAGACGUCAGAGAUCUAAAGCUAUUAUUCCGGCGCUUGAAGUAGGUCGGAUGUAACCCAUAGAGCUUCAAAUCCGCUUGAAGUUCUCACAUAAACCAGAAACUAUGGAGUAUGAAGAUGAGAGGAGUGAAUACAACACUUCAGAAGUUGAUUGGGGACAAGAAUCUAACCCGUCAUGGAGUGGAGAAGAAGAUUACGACUAUGGCUCUUGGGAAGGAGAAACUAAUUAUAAAAUCAGUCUAGAAGAAGUAGAUGAACGUGAUGAAGAGCCUUGGUAUGAAGAGACGAAUUCAGAAGGUGCUUUCGAAGGAGAAGAAGAAACUGAAUCCCAAUUCAGUUUAGAAGAAGACUUGCCGAAUGGAGAAACUCAAAUCAGUCACGGAGAUGAGGGCUUCAAUCACGAUGGAGAACCAGACCAGUUCGUAGAAUCUUACACACAAGAAAGACCAUGGUGUGAGAUACCAUACUCUUAUCAAGAGGGAGAUCGCCAAGAGGAAACUGAUUCACAAAUCAGUUUAAGGGAAGACGAGUCACAUGGUGUAGAAAUAGAAACAUGGAGUCAUGAGGGUGAAUCUAACUAUGGUGAUCAGCCGGUACCCUAUUCCUUGAAAUGACAUACCUAAAGUAAGCUAUCUCUGUGAGACCAAAAAAACAUUUUUUUGCAUUCACAUAGAACUGAUUGUGACUAAGCAGCUGCAGGACGACUUCUAGGUGCUUCAAAUGGGUCUCCAAGUUAGUGCUAUAGAUUAGCACAUCGUCAAAAAACACCAACACAAAUCUUCUUAGGUGGGGACGGAACAUAUCAUUCAUCACACUUUGGAAUGUUGAGGGGGCGUUAGUAAGCCCAAAGGGCAUCAUUAAGAACUCAUAGUGACCUUGAUGUGUUUUAAAAGCUGUCUUUUCCACAUCACAACUCUUCACUCUAAUCUGAUGGAACCCAGAUUUUAAAUCCAGCUUUGAGAAUACCCUUGCUCCCUUUAAUACAUCCAGUAACUCUUCUAUAACUGGCACUGGAUAUCUAUCUGGUAUGGUGACUUUAUUUAGGGCCCUGUAAUCCACGCAGAACCUCCAGCCUCCAUCCUUUUUCUUCACUAACAUCAUUGGACUGAAGUAAGGGCUGAUACUUGGCUGUAUGACCCGUGUUUCCAACAUCUCAUGUAAAAGUCUCUCUAUCUCAUUCUUCUGUAAGAAGGAGUACCGGUAUGGGCGAUAAUUUAUGGGUGUGGUACCUUCUUGAAGAGUUAUAGCGUGUUCCCUGUUCCUAGCAGCUAGUAAACAUCUUGGCAACUCGAAUACCUUCUUGUAUUUAUCGACCACGACCUUAACCUCUGCCUCAUAAACUCCUCUUUCGUGACUACCUUCCCUCUCGAAGAGUGUAGUCAGCUCCAAUAACUAAACCAUCCCUUGUUUUCUGACUAUUCUCUCCAUGGAGUUUGAAAACACUUGCCCUUUUCUUAAAGUUGGAUACCCUUUGAUAGUUACUCAUUAGUCUCCAAUCUUC